GUUAUCACUCUCGAUGUCCAUUCGUAAUGAAUAAACUCAUGUUCUGUUCUGUUGUGUUCUGCCAUUUUCUUAAAUAUCAGUAGAAAUUUUCUCAUCAGACUAAUGUUAUUCGUGAUAUAAACUGGAGUUUGUUAAAUGCAAGAGGACAUAUAUAACAAAGAAAAUAAUGGCACUGCCCGGGUCGUAAUUGUAUCCAAAAGUCAAUAAGGAACAAAGAUAGACUAUUAAGAUACUAUUCAUGUUGACAGUACAUUGUUUAACUUUCAGACGAAUAAGUAUUGUUUUUCUUUCUAUUUUAUUUUGAUUUGUGAUAAGUAGCACGGUUUUAGGAACUAAAGUGGAUUUUAAAAUCGUUUUUAAUUCGCAGGACACGUGCGACGAAAAUCAGGGUGAAUUUAAAUAGGCGGAUUUAAUCUUACAACGAAAUAGAUACAAUUAUAAUGUGGCAAUUGCUUCUAAAUGAAAAAAAAGGCUUAAAUAAGUUAUAAAUAAAUUAAUAAUAUACAAUAAUCGUAGAAAACAGAUACGGAUUUUAGCAGUUUAAUUCUUGUUAUAUCAAGGGAGGUAAUAGGUUGGAUUAAGAUAGAAAUAAACAUUCGCAUUGUUUGCUGAAAUCUCUUUAAUGCUACUUGUGUAUUUGAUAAGUACAUGUAUACUAUUUACUUUAACACGUGUUUGAAACAUUUGCACAAAAAUUUGUGAAAGAUACGACACCGCGGAUUUUACCAUGGCACUCCAUAAAACGUUGGUGUAAAUAUAAUACGUUUAAUGUCGUUGUGCAUGAAACUAAUUUGGUCUGUCAGUAUUUUGUGGAAAAUAGGAAAUAAAAUUGUGUUUUCAAUAAAUAGCCGCUCAACUAAUGACAAGAACAUUUCAAAUGUUGGAUUUUUUUUUCAUUCCAAGAGAUCAACUGAACAAUGAUUAUUUUAGACUGUUUACAACUUGUUGAUCAUCUAAUCGAUGUCUCGGCAACAUCGCCUUUCAAUGAGGCAUUCCAAAUCAUACUCAAAUAUGAGUGAAAUACAAAAGGAAAUUUCUCGUGCACUCGCGCUCUCAUGCACUCGCUCAGUAUGCUGAGUAUGGAUUAUUAACUAAAGGUUCAAUAUAAUACCACGCGAUGGCGAUGCCGUGGUCCCGAUUAUUUCAUUCUAGAUUGUUGUUUCAUUACCUGAACAAAUUAGCCAGCGUCGUUAUCAAUUUCCGGAGAGUUUGAGUGGUGAGGUCCGGAGCUCGAAUUUCUGUCAAUAUUGGGACGAUAUCUAUAUUGUAUGGCAUUUUAACUAUCGUUCAAUUUUCACGCAGCUGUUUCUAUGAAGGGAUGUAAUCAAUUGUUUUUUCUUCUUCUGUGUUUGUGGAUCAAUCGAAUAUAACGGAAGUUUGUUUUACAGUCUUGACAGAUUCAGUGCCGUUGAAUUCCAGUGGAUUCUAGUUUAUAAGGUUCAGGAUUUAACGAAAGUUUCUAUGUACUCUUACCACCAUUUUGCUAUUAUUCAAAGAUCGGGAUUUUUUUUGUCUUAAAUCUAAGUUUUUUCUUUUGAAGUAAAACUUAUCUUACAAUGGAGGAACCAAAUGUUGUUGAAGGGCACAUGCAAGCCUUGACGCCUCGUCGACAGGAAACGCAGCACAAUACAAACUUGCGCCAUUUACCUGGCGUCAACGAUUCUCGGAACUACAUUAUGAUAACACAAGAUAUAUUAGAUGCGUUUAAAGACAGAGUCGUAAAAUCACAUAAAGUGAACCUUAAACUGAACCCCGUGCGUCACAGAAACAGCAGACGACCAGUCGUCAGCAGACGACAUAUACCACCUGUGCCCACGGAACUGUCGCACGCGCUUCUUUCGAAGUCACAUACUAGUUUUGAUCUUCGGGAUUUUGUUCGUAAUAGACCCGUAAAGGUGUUCGUAGACGAUAUAACGAAGUACAAUACAAGUGCUAGUGAAAUCGCGUCUGGUAGCGGACAAGAAUUCCCGGAAAUGUUGAAAAGGAAGCCAACUUUGCUGAAAAGUUCCUCAAAAUUGUCUGACUCAGCUAUAAAAAGGAGUAUGGAGUCGGGCGACGAGGACGGGGAUUUUCCCGACAAUAUUAUAGAAACAGUUGCACGUGCGAACACAAUGCACGUGAGUCAUGCGCCAGUUCUUCCGGAAAUACGUGCAGCUCCGUGUCCGAUACAUGUAAAACAAAACCAUGUACGAAACGUGACCGAAGAAACAAACGAAAUCUUAAGUGGAAAUGUAAAACAUUUGAAACCAAAUAAAAAAGACCGCAAAACGCACCCGAUCAAAAGUAUAUCAAUACAACAGAAUCCAGCUAGUCAAGACAAUGUGACACGCAAUCGUGUGGAUAUAAAUGUGAGAAUUCCGGAACAGUUCCCGGCGUCCACAAAGGCACCGGCUUUGCCCAAAAAUAUGUCAUCAAAAGACUAUGUAAUGACUUGGCUUCUACACGGGUCUGCUCCACAAGGCUCGAACCAUUUUCCUGAAAUUAUACCGAGUCAAGCCAAGACGAAAUCAAAAACAAAACAUACUCCGAGAACACAUUUUACUGACGAGUGAUUGUGUUUGGGAAAUUGGGAUAUAGUUAUAUGUUUCACUACACGUGUUGCUGGAAUUAGCACAUCUGAGGAAGCGUUUUACUUUGUUGUAGCUUAAGAUACUAACGCAAACCCCAAAGGAGUGAAAGAGAGCAGAUCCAUCUGAAAUGCAACUAAACUGGUUACCUUAGCUUAUACAGGAACUGAAAUGGAUCGCUAAGGCUCCCUCUGGUGUAGGCAGCCCGUGUGCUUUCCAGUCAUGCAUUUAUCAUUAUUUUGCGCAGAAGUUUUAUCAAGCAUGUGUUCGUUCACAACUCUGUGGAUAACAUCCGCACCUGUGUGUCAUCAUACCGGAUGGGCUGCUGUUUGUCCUGUUUAAUUCAACAAUAUUUCAAGUACUGUUCCUGGAAUUUUACCAGUGACAUCCUGUUCUCCGCAAGUAUACGACAACAUUUGCACCAGAGCUGGGUCCAUAUUUAUGAAGACAUUUGAACUGAGGCUUUAAACGCUAAUUUUUAUUCGCCUGUUUUGUAAAAAAUGGGAGAUAUGUGUUUAUGUGUGCUUUUGUUGGUUUGUCCGUCCCUUGAGCAUAACUGAAAAACUAUUCAAACUUCAAACUUCGCUUGUAAGUAAGUGGUGAUAAGACAAAGCGACAGAGGUCAAAUCUGACGUCAUAUUUUGUGUCCAUAACAUAGAAACCAAUGUGUAAAUAUUUCAAAAUCGGACCACCGGUAUUGACUUCAUACAAUGUGUAGAGCGCAUGGACCGGAUCGGUAGGUCAAAGGUUAAGGUCACAAACUGAGCUCAAAGAUCAAAAUCUUUAAAUACUAUUCAAGGUACUGAAUUCAAAUUUGGAAUUAUGGACAAUUCGUUCAAGGUAUUGAUUAACUUGAGACUUGUUUUGUUCGUUGUUAUUUUUGAUGAAGACAUAAAAGUCGAAACUAGUAAAGAAUGUGUUUUCUUGGUUAUUUCAAUCUAUUGACUUGAAAUUUGGAAUAUCAUGCUAUAGAUGGUAAAGAGAAGAAGUGCACAGCGCAUGAAACGGGUCGGUAGGUCGAAAGUUCAAAAACUGAGCAUAAAUGACGGGGUGUAUUUAACCCUUAGCCUGCUGGCGGCAAGUGAUUCUGCCUUUGCGACCAGCGCAGACCAUGAUCAGCCUGAAUAUCCGUGCAGCCUGAUCAUGGUCUGCACUGUUUGCUAUUC